GAGCCGCGUUCUCUUUCAAAGGAGCCAGGUGGGAAGCCCUCCCUCUUGCCCUCCGAAGCGAGAAGGGGCGUGGUCUGCGUGUGGGCGUGGCGAGGGCAAGAUGAAGCUUGAAUUCCCGGCGCUGGUAGGCCCGUGUUAGAACCGCCCGCCCAGUGAGAUUGCCUCCGAGGAGCGUCGCUGCUGACAUGGCUCAGGAAAACUCGGCCUUCUCCCCUGGGCCCGAGGAGCCUCCUGGGGGUCUCCCCCGCGCCCUGGCGGCGCGCGCCGAGCCCCGAGAGCCUCCGGAGAGACCGCCCCGACGGGGCCGCCAGCGCUACGUGGAGAAGGACGGCAAGUGCAACGUGCAGCAGGGCAACGUGCGGGAGACGUACCGCUACCUGACGGACAUCUUCACCACGCUGGUGGACCUGCAGUGGCGGCUCAGUCUGCUCUUUUUCGUGCUCGCCUACGCGCUCACCUGGCUCUUUUUCGGCGCCAUCUGGUGGCUAAUCGCCUACGGCCGAGGGGACCUGGAGCACCUGGAGGACACGACGUGGACGCCGUGCGUGAACAACCUCAACGGCUUCGUGGCCGCCUUCCUCUUCUCCAUAGAAACCGAGACCACCAUCGGCUACGGGCACCGCGUCAUCACGGACCAGUGCCCCGAGGGCAUCGCUUUGCUGCUGCUGCAGGCCAUCUUGGGUUCCAUGGUCAACGCCUUCAUGGUGGGCUGCAUGUUCGUCAAGAUCUCGCAGCCCAACAAGCGCGCCGCCACGCUCGUCUUCUCCUCGCACGCCGUGGUGUCUCUGCGCGACGGGCGCCUGUGCCUCAUGUUCCGCGUGGGCGACCUGCGCUCGUCUCACAUCGUGGAAGCCUCCAUCCGCGCCAAACUCAUCCGUUCGCGCCAGACGCUCGAGGGCGAGUUCAUCCCCCUGCACCAGACCGACCUCAGCGUCGGCUUCGACACGGGCGAUGACCGCCUCUUUCUCGUCUCGCCCCUGGUCAUCAGCCACGAGAUAGAUGCCGCCAGCCCCUUCUGGGAGGCGUCACGCCGUGCCCUCGAGAGGGACGACUUCGAGAUCGUGGUGAUCCUUGAGGGCAUGGUGGAGGCCACUGGGAUGACAUGCCAAGCUAGGAGCUCAUAUCUGGUGGAUGAGGUGCUGUGGGGUCACCGCUUCAUGUCCGUCCUGAGCCUGGAGGAUGGCUUCUACGAGGUGGACUAUGCCAGCUUCCACGAGACCUUCGAGGUGCCCACACCCUCCUGCAGUGCCCGAGAGCUGGCUGAGGCUGCUGCCCGGCUUGAUGCUCAUCUCUACUGGUCCAUCCCCAGCCGGCUGGAUGAGAAGGUGGAGGAGGAAGGGGCGGGAGAGGGGCCAGGCUGGGGGAAUGGAGGAGACAAGGAGAAGAAUGGCCGUCUACCGCCCCCAGAGAGCGAGUCCAAGGUGUAG